UCUACUGCCUGCUCACUUUGUGGGAAACCAAUUGUACUGUCCCCCCCCACCAGUUAACUAUUAAAUAUGCCCUUCUUUCCAAUGGGUACCGGGGUUCAAGCAGAGAAGGAUACAAGCACCACAUCCGGCGCAAUGCCAAUAUCCCCCGCGACGCAGAUCAAGAACCGUCGGAAACGUUACCUGGAUACUCACCCGGAGUAUUUCUCUGCUGAUCUCGAGCUAGCCGACCCGUUGCUGUACGAUCGCUUGAUCCGCCGAUUCCAGACACCGGCGGAACGAGAGGCUGAAGGGCGAGCCAAAGGAUUCUCAGGCAUACUUCAAGCAGAUCUUGACCGCUCCGAGGCUAAGUUGGAUGCCCUGUCUCAUCCGGAUCCCAAUGCAAUGUUUAGCUAUAGCCGUGGCCCAAACGGGGAAAUCCUCGCGGAGGACCAAGAUGAGAUACCGACGAGCAAGGAAGAAGGCGAAAAGAUCUGGCAAUGGGAGAUGACACUGCGAUUUAUAAGGGGCGAAGACCGUGACUUUGACUACACUACUGUGGAUGAGAAUGACGAUUAUGAUGACUGGAACGAAGAGCAAGAGCGAUAUUUCGAUGAAGAAGAACCUGAAUGGAUUGUUGAAGGCACAAGUGGCGAUGAUGUCCGAUCGAGAUUACAAGGGGAGACUGGCGUUCAAGACUUUUGAAAGUCCCACGUAGUUGGGAUGCACCGGUCACUUGAUGCCUUUGCGAUUGGCUCACUCUGAUGCAAGCUUUUGACCGUAUCGGGUGCACACACACAUUACGAAGUUUCUAGACCGAGACAAAGGAGUCAUUGAUGCUCUUGAGGGCAUUCUGAUUCUCCCCCCCCCCCCCAGCAUGCA